AUGGAUAUAAUCUCUCAGCUACAAGAACAAGUUAAUUCGAUUGCAAAUUUAGCUUUUAACACCGUUGGGACAUUGCAAAGGGAUGCACCUCCUAAUCGGCUCUCACCAAACUAUCCUAAACCACCACCUGCACAGCCUACGGAGGAUGGGGCCAACUUUUCUGAAGAACCAAACCUGAUGAGUGCUUCUUUGGUGAAAGCUGCUAAGCAGUUUGAUGCAUUGGUUGCAUCACUUCCAAUAUUUGAGACAGGUGAAGAAGCACAGCUUAAGGGGAUUGCAGAACUACAAGCUGAAAAUGAUGCAAUAGGCCAAGAACUUCAGAAGCAAUUGGAAGCUGCAGCGAAAGAAUUAAAUCAAGUUCAAGAGUUGUAUAGCCAAGCAACAGAUAAUUGUUUGAACUUGAAGAAACCAGAUAUCAGUUAG